UACCAGUUUGUUAGAAGCAAAAACUUCAUACUGAUGAGUGAGAUUGUUCAGGUGCUUAUGAUGUGAAGUCCGGCACAGGAACCUCAGCAUUAUAUUCGUCUUCUAUUGCUUCUCUAGAAUGAAUUUCUAGAAAUGGAAUGGCUGGGUCAAAGGAUAUGUAUGCUUUAAGUUUGACAUUGUAGAGUAAAUGAAGUCAGGCUUUUACGCCCUCCUGCCUCUAGCCUCUAUGGCUGCCACCUGCAGCCUUGAUCGUGUUAAUGCAGAAGGCGCUUGGGAGUGUGGGCGUGGGGCCUGCGCACCUUUGGUUAGAGACACCUGGGCCCAGAGAACUUGGACAUGCGCAUGUUUAAAUAAAUGUGGGCACCUGCGCUGAGAGCGAGGCCUAAGAGGGCGGCAGCAUGGCGAUUAGGAGGGCAGUGGCGUGACUCCAGGAGGCGAGCUGGCGAGAGGGGGACUGAGAAAGCUUCUUGUGGGCUGGGAGGCAGGUAGCCCGGCCCCCCUGCCUGCCUCCUUGCAUGCCAGCCUCCCUGCUUGGUGUGCCUGUGUACCUGAUUCAACAUUAAAAGGCCUGUAAAAUCUUUAGAGGCCUCCAGGACUCUCUCCGUCUGUCUGACUCAACAGUGAACCUGCCCUGUGCGUGUUUCCACAACUCAUACGUAUUUCCAGCUUGCUCUCCAGAAAGGGAAGAUGCCUUCCGCGUCCUGUGACACACUGCUGGAUGACAUAGAAGAUAUUGUGUCACAAGAAGAUUCAAAGCCUCAAGAUAGGCAUUUUGCAAGAAAGCAAGUUGUUCCAAAGGUGCGAAGGCGAAAUACCCAAAAAUACUUGGAAGAGGAAAGCAGUCCACCAAGUGACAGCACUAUUCCAGGCAUACAGAAAAUUUGGAUACGAACAUGGGGUUGUUCUCAUAACAAUUCAGAUGGCGAAUAUAUGGCUGGACAACUAGCUGCUUAUGGAUAUAAAAUUACAGAAGAUGCAUCAGAUGCAGACUUAUGGCUCCUGAAUAGCUGUACUGUAAAAAAUCCAGCUGAAGAUCACUUUAGAAACUCAAUUAAAAAAGCUCAAGAGGAGAACAAGAAAGUAGUGCUGGCUGGAUGUGUUCCUCAAGCCCAGCCUCGGCAGGACUACCUAAAAGGACUGAGUAUCAUUGGGGUUCAACAGAUAGAUCGUGUGGUAGAAGUUGUAGAAGAAACAAUUAAAGGUCACUCUGUGAGACUGCUGGGUCAGAAGAAGGAUAAUGGAAAACGGUUGGGGGGAGCACAAUUGGAUUUGCCAAAGAUUAGGAAGAAUCCACUGAUAGAAAUCAUUUCCAUCAAUACUGGGUGUCUCAACGCUUGUACCUACUGCAAAACUAAACAUGCCAGAGGAAAUUUGGCCAGUUAUCCGAUUGAUGAACUAGUAGAUAGAGCUAAACAGUCUUUUCAAGAGGGUGUUUGUGAGAUAUGGUUGACCAGUGAAGACACAGGGGCUUAUGGCAGAGAUAUUGGCACCAGCCUCCCUGCACUACUGUGGAAAUUGGUCGAAGUGAUUCCUGAGGGAGCAAUGCUGAGGCUUGGCAUGACAAAUCCGCCCUAUAUUUUAGAGCAUCUGGAGGAAAUGGCGAAAAUCCUUAAUCAUCCCCGAGUCUACGCUUUUCUGCACAUACCAGUCCAGUCUGCCUCAGACACGGUACUCAUGGAAAUGAAAAGAGAAUACUGCGUGGCCGACUUCAAAAGAGUGGUGGAUUUUCUGAAAGAGAAAGUUCCUGGAAUAACUAUUGCUACAGAUAUUAUCUGUGGUUUUCCUGGAGAAACAGAUCAAGAUUUUCAAGAAACAGUGAAACUGGUUGAAGAGUACAAAUUUCCAAGCCUCUUUAUUAACCAGUUUUACCCAAGACCAGGAACUCCUGCUGCAAAAAUGGAACAAGUUCCAGCUCAAGUGAAAAAGCAAAGAACAAAAGAUCUUUCUCGGGUAUUUCAUUCUUACAAUCCCUAUGAUCAUAAGAUUGGUGAAAGACAACAAGUGUUAGUAACGGAAGAAUCUUUUGAUUCCAAGUUUUAUGUUGCACACAAUCGAUUCUAUGAACAAGUUUUAGUGCCAAAGAACCCCUCGUUCAUGGGGAAAAUGGUGGAAGUGGACAUUUAUGAAUCAGGAAAACAUUUUUUGAAAGGGCAGCCGGUAUCAGACGCCGAAGUGUACACACCAUCCAUCAGCAAACCGCUAGCAAAGGGCGAGGUCUCCGGUUUAACAGAGGAGUUCAGAAAUAAGCUUGGGAAUCAUCUGAGUUCACCAGGUCCUGCAGCUGCUGCAACUCAACACCACGCAAUGAGUUCUGGAAUGGCUCUGCGCUUGCAAAGAUUGCAUCGUCACUGCGCGCUGAGGAUGUCCGUGGGCCUGGCUCUGGGUGCCCUUCUGUUUGCUUUAUUUCUCAACGUGUAUAAUUAAAACACAGCUAAGUGAAACAUUUGUGAAGAAGGAUAAACUUCUAAUUGAAAUCUUCAAUGAACAGGAAAGUGAUCACAUCAGUUCUCAAAGGGGAAUAAUUUGUACCAGCCUCCUCUUUGGCCACACUUUUCAGUGAGGCUAACCCCAUCUCUCAAGGACUUAGGCCCACUGCUUGUUUGACCUAAAACCUAAUAAUAGUGGCCAUGGCAUAUCUUUUAAGUUAAGCUCCGCUUACUUUAUUUUUAACAAGAAAAGUGAGAAAUCUCUAAUCUUCAAGUCAGAACCUAAUUGCAGAGUGUCUCUGGCCGCCUCCUUAUGUGGGAAGAAUCUUCAAUCUUUCAUAAACAUUUUUAAAUGUAUCUUCUCUUUAUUUUUUGUUUGGAGUCCCAGUGCUACAAAUAUCUUAUUUUUCACAGCAGCUAUGUUCCUGAAAAGUUUAUGUUGAAAAUUAUAUUUGGAACUUACAUGCUUUUGGAAUGCACAGGGAGAGCUUGCCAAUUACAGGACCGUUGGCCACAUUUUGAGACUCAUAAGGAAUCACCCACUUCUUUAGUACCUGCAAAUUGGCAAAACCUGGAUUUGUCUAAAAUAAGCUGUUCCCCUUUCCUGGCAUUUUUUUUAUGGAUUUUAUCAGGUGUUUUUAUUUCUUUCUGACAUCAUUGAUCUUCGCUAAAUGAAGUGACUUCUUUAAAAAUAAAAAGAAUUUGUGUGAUAAGCCAGGCUGAUGACUAUGAGAAUUUAAAGUAAACUGUAGAUUGUUGAGGCACAAUCAGGUGCCCUGUGAUUGCCAAGAGCCUUGUUUCAACUUUCAGCCCAUAAUCCCGUUCAGUGCUGCCUUUCAUCUCAAAAAAAUUUCAGCUUUUUAUGUGUCUUUUAAGGAACUCAAAAUUUAAUUUUGUCUUCAGUUGGUGAAUUAAAAACACAAAACUUUGCUGUUAGCACAUUUCUCUAGCAUGCACUUUGGAGAGGAGUUUACAUGUAAAAUGCAAAGGAUCUACCAGAAUCCCUUCAAGGAGUUCAGCACUUAAAAUUGCACUUGGGAGCCCUCCUCACUUUGCUGUAGCAAGAGGGAGAACUGUUGACAGGCAUGGGGGCCUCCUUAGACUACCUUUCUUGAGAUAUAAGCACAGUUGUUUCUUUGUUUAAUAAACAGAAUAAGCUCCUCCAGUGUGGUUCUUAUAAACUUAAAUCUGGUGAUUUAAGAGGUAAAAGUAUGAUCCAAAGUCCUACCCUCUGACAACCCCAAAGCCCCUCACCAGCUGUGAUGGGUAUUCUCCAUAUGAUUUCAACCAUACAGAAUUCUCCCUGCUCCACAUCGACUGUUACUUACCCACAGUUAGGUUACAGUUCCCUUCUGUUCCAGUCCAGAUCAGGGAAUGGAUCACACAUGGUAUCAGUCACCAUAUUAGUGACCUGUUGUCAAGGAGGGUGUCAAUGGCCAGGAAAUCCAGAUUGUUUUUUCCCAGGGCUUCCUACUAGGGGGUGAAGAGAAAGAUGGGGUGGGUGCCCACAACACAGCUCUCAUGUGGACAGGACUUGGCCCGGGAGCUGUAGGAUCAAGUACAUUCAUCAGUAGUGUCACCUUUCUAGCUCAUCUCCUUCCUGCCCCUGUGCAUUGCCCAUUACUUACCCCUGCAGCAUUAGGCCCUGGUUAUGUGACCUGCUGUGACCAGUAAAAUGGGAGUGAAAUUGUUGUCUCUUUCUUUGAGGCAUAUGUAUUGAGAGACCUUGUUCAGUCUGCCUUGUGUUCCUCCACAUGAUGGUGGACCCAUGUGACAGGAUGGAGCCUCCCUCCAUCUGGGUCCCCAAGUGAACGUGAUGUCCAGCAUGUGUUGGACAUGUGUCAGUGAGCAAGAAAGCAGCUUCUGUUGUAUUAUGCCACUGAGUUCUGGAAAUUGUUAUAGAUAACUUAUCCUGAGUCACAGAGUCAGCCAAGAUUGGACAAUUAACCGGCAGGUUGUAAACACAACUGUUCUUGUGACUCAUAUUUUCUUAUGUUUUCCCUAAAUACCAAAGUCUUUUUUUUUUUUAAUCCCUCUCCACUAAAGAGACCUGUGAAGAGAUCUGUCUUAGCUUCUUCAGUCUAGUAUAACAGCAUAGCAUAGAAUGGUGACUUAUAAACUUACUCAGAGUUCUAGAUAGUCCAAGGUGAAGGCAUUGUCAGAUUUGGCAUUUUGUGAGGGCCUUCUUCCUGGAUUAUGGGCAACAUCUUCUCAUGCUACCCUCAUGGAGCAGAAGGGAGAGCCCCACAUCUCUUUUGGAAGGACGCUAAUCUCAUUCAAGAAGGCACCAUCCUCAUGGCCUUAUCACCCUUCCCACCACCUAAUACCAUUACUUUAGGGAUUGGGUUUUAUCAUAUGAACGUGGCAGGGGGACAUUCAAUCUAUAGCAAGAUAACAGUGCUUCAGUUUUUUGUUUUUUUUUUUUUCAAGUCUUUGGGUAAAACACACAUAUGAAAUGUACAUAAAUCAUGAGAAAGUUAGAUGAUGCAUUUUCAAAUAGUGAAUCAAAACAUCAUAUAUUGUUACCAGAACCAUCAAUUUCCCCAUAUACCUUCCCAACCAUUAACCCUGGCCCCCCAAAGGGAAUCAUUAUCCUUCUUUCUGACAGAUUAGUUUGUCUGUUCAUGAACUUUUUAUAAAUGGAAUCAUAAAGCACAUACUGUUUUAUGUCUGCCUUCUUUUGCUCAUCAUUACUUGUGAGAUGAUUCCAGAUUACAGUAUUUAUCUGUAGUUCUUUUGUUUUCACAAUGAACAGAAUUCCAUUGUAUGAAUAUAUCAUAUCGUAUUUACCCAUUCUACAUUUGAGUUGUUUCCAACUCUUUGGCUAUUAUGGAUAAUACUGCUCUAAACAUCUGUUUUGGUAUUAUGUAAGCAUUUGUGUGAUGAACAUACAUUUAGAAGUGGAAUGCAGAGUUGGGGCAUUUGCAUUUUUUCAACUUUAGUAAACAAAAUGCUUUUCAGAAGUGUUUUUACCCAUUUAGUACGAGCGUUCUAGAUAGACACCAUUUGUUGAUAUGAACUCCAGCAUUUCCCCCAAUAUUUCUUCUCUUUACCUUUGAUAUUCUUCUGCAAACCUUGUCUCUGCUAUCUCCUGGCCCUGGCUCAGCCUUGUUUUCAUAAUGAUAAUAAUGAUAACCAUUACCGUAAGUGGCAGUAUGAUGCUCAGUUUGCAGGUGUUAGUCAAUUCUGAAAAGGCAACUUUGAGACAAGUAUUAUAUAUAUUUCCUCAUUUUUACUGAGGAAAAAAAUCAUUCACAAGAUUAAGUAAUUUGCAAGGAGUGGAGCUAUUAAGUUGUAGAGGCAGAACUUGAAUACAACUUCACUCCAAAAUCUAUGCUCCAAUGCAUACUCUUUCUGUUUCUUAGUCCCUCAUCUUAAAACUAACCUUGACCUAGGCCUCCCUGGUGGCGCAAGGGGUUAAGACGCAACCUAUGAAGUUAUCUGCAGCCACUGCAGCACGACUUUGAUCCCUGGCUAGGAAGCUACCCACAUGGUGCUGCAGACCUCUCCUAUCUCGCCUGCUGCUCCCCUCAGCAGUGUAUUUCAGUAGAUCUGCCUGUUCUGCUCCCCACUCUGUCUCUGGUGAAUCCUCUUACCCCCCACACUUCUGGCCUGUACCCUAGUUCCUGAAUGCAUAAAUAAAUCUUUAAAAAUAAAAAAAACUAACCUUGACCCCUGCCAUCAAUCAUGUUGGGAAACCCAGCCCUUCACUCCAUGUUUUCCUGCUCCCAGAAUGUGCGUGUUACUUGAUGCACAUUAUAAAUUAAGAUUUGUUAAUCAAGUUCCUUCUUCCUCCUGUCCACUUCUUUUCCCUCCCUCUUUCUUUGUAUCUUUUCUGCAACAUCAAGUAUGAUAUUGUUAGCAGAAGAGUAUAAAAACCUUGGGGAUAAGGACUUUUCUUUGGUGCUAGGUGAACGUGUCUAAACAUCAGAUUUCCACUGUUGUUCAGUCAAAACACACUUUCCUAUUGAUUUCACUCAAGAUUGAAAACUUCAGUGUAUAUUGUAAUGUGUUACAGAGAGAAUUGGAGUUGCAAAUGAAGCUUGAAGAUUUUUUAUCACUUAUAAAACAAAGGAACUGAAAGAGAGAGGGAGGGAAAGGUAGAGAAGAAAGGAAGAAAAAAGGAAUGCAAAAGAGAAAAAAAAAGAUAUUCUUAACACUUUCCUGGUCCCUGAGGCACCAGCUGCACUGAACUCACAGGUGCACAUUGGGUAUUUUAAAUUUGGGGAGAAACAGCAACAUCUGUCAGAUAUCAUGCUGACUAUACUCAAAAUAGUAGUUUCAACAUAGACUGUACAACAUUUUGUUUUUGAUGACUGCAUGUCUUUAUAAACCUGGAUUUUUGGCUAUUGCUGUGAUGAGAACAAGUAUCAGUUGAAAACCAAUGUGAAGCAUGAGAUAAAAGUGAUCAAUUCCAAGGUGUGAUAAGCUAUGCAUUCCCAACAGCUGAAUAGCUUCCAUUAAUAAGUUAUUAUGGUAAUUUUAGGAUGCAAUGAAAGUGUUUUUCCAUUUAUAUGUAUUAUUUUUCAAACUAAAAGUUACUAGGACCUGCCUAUUUGGUAAAA